AUUGAUUCUAUUGUUAAAAUAAUUACUAUUUGUGGUGUUUUUGCUUUAAUGAAAUUAAUAAUUAUUGUUUGGGGUGUUUUUUCAUUUUUAAAUCCCCAUUCGUUUGCUUGUACGAAGUGAGGUUACUGCCCACCGGGUUUUCGAUGAAAUGUUUUAGGUUAUGCAUAGGAAUAGUAUAGAUGUGUGACUGUCGUUCGCUAGCUUUUACUGUGUUACUGCUUUGCACAUUUAAAAUUUGAGAUGGAGCAAAAGCAAGAAGGAACUUCAUAAUUAUCUUAGCCUGUGGCCCCCAUUUGUUAAUGUCUCUCCCCUAAUGUCUGGUUGAAUUCCUGGAGUUGUUAACUAUCUGGAUUUUAGUUUCAGUAUUUAUUGGAAUGAGCAGAGUGCACUAGAAAGCUAGCUCUGUCAUUAGUUCUGGAAUUUAUUGGAUGAGCAGAGUGCACAAGAAAGCUAGCUCUGCAAUUAGUUCUGGAAAGAUGAGAAUUAACAAGAGAUUGUGGAGCAUGAAUAGAUUAAGUUGUACAAGAAAGCUAGCUCUGUGACCUCUGUCAUUACUUCUCUCAGCCUUGUACAGGUUGCUAGAGAGACCCUGUUAGUUGUGUGUUUGCUAGCACUACCCGUGACCAUCCGAUUCACCUUUGGGAUGCUAGUUCUGGCCUGGUAUUGCUUUAACUAUGGUUUCUGAUUCCAUCCAUCAGAUGAAAUGAAUGGUUCUUUAGACUCUAAAUAAAACAUGGUAAUUGCAAUGUAAAUAUGAGAACAGAGUUGCGUUGCACAUAUCGUGCUUAUGAUGCUGUGGAUGAAAUUACUGCUGCCUUUUCAAUUGCAUUUAAUCCUGCUGGGACCAAAAUAUUUGAUAUACAUCGGCCUGGCCGAGAAUUUGAACAGUACUCAACACUACAAGGAAAUAAAGAGGGGCAAGCAGGUAUUAUAUCUACCAUUGCCUUUUGCCCAACUCAUAGUGGAAUGCUAGCUACUGGUUCUUACAACCAGACUGCUGCAAUCUUUAGGGAGGACAAUAUGGAACUCUUGUAUGUCUUGCAUGGCCAAGAAGGUCCAAUUCUCAAAAGAUGGCAACUAUCUUUAUACUGGAGCUCGGAAGAUAUGGCCAGGGGUAAAGGUAAAGAAGAUGCACGUAAUGCUGAUCGUGGUGUUUUAACGGGUACAGGUAGAGGCCGAGGUCGAGGUGAUCCAGAAAUUGUUCGUGGUCGAGGCAUUAUAACCACUGCACCUUCUUCAGUUGACUUUAGAGCCCCAACACUUACUCCAACAACCCCUGUAUCAUACUUAGCCCCUGCAGCCCCUCCACUUGCUCCAGCAGCUGAUAGCUCAAAUGCGUAGAAGAGAAGUAAUUUCUCACGUACUUAAAUAAUAUAUUUUAUGAUAUGAAUUUGAAACUAUUUGGAUUCAUUAUAUAUUUUGAGAUAUUUUAAGUUUCUUAGUAUUGAACUAUAGUAAUGUUUUGAACUUUUAGAUUGCAGAAUCAUGAAAUGAAAAUUAUGUGUAUAUAUUGUCUUUGAUA